GCGGCAUUAUGAACGAUUUGAAAUAUUUGUUUCUUCGUGUACGCGUAAUCUUUGCUCAUUGUUAAACUGUACAUGGUUGCAGGUAACACGGUGUACAAUGAUUAUAUCUUCAUUUACUACACUAUACUACAUUAAGUCCAAUAUUACACAUAUGAGUUGCCUUUAGUGGGAGGGACUUUGACUGGUCAAGGUCAUUUUUCAGGGAGCGCGUUAUGUGUUGCCGCUGAACUUGUGGGAGGAUCGUCGUUUAUUUUCGUAUACCUACUAAGUCUUAGAAACAGUGAGGGGCUUCAAAAUCAUUUUUUCAAUUCCCAAUGACUAAAAUCGUCGAAGGAUUGGUAUCAGUCGUUCUUGGUGCUCAGUGGGGAGAUGAAGGGAAAGGGAAGUUGGUGGAUCUUCUGAGUGAGUCUUGCAGUGUAGUCUGUAGGUGUCAAGGGGGAAACAAUGCAGGUCAUACCGUUGUUGCCGGAGGACAAGAAUAUUUCUUUCAUCUAUUGCCCAGUGGUAUAGUGAACCCUAAUGUUUUAGCUGUGAUUGGCAACGGUGUCGUUGUCAAUUUGCAAGCCCUUUUCCAAGAGAUAGAUGAGGCUUUGAGCAAAGGGUUAUUGGAUGUAUCUUCUCGUUUACGGAUAUCUGACAGAUGCCACUUGGUAUUUGACAUCCAUCAAGAGAUCGACCGCAUGGAGGAGGAAUUAAGGGGUGAGAAUUCUCUCGGCACUACUAAAAAAGGUAUUGGUCCGACGUAUUCUUCAAAAGUAACUCGCAAUGGUCUGCGUGUAUGUGAUCUAAUGGGAGACUGGGUGCAGUUCACAGCAAAAUACAAAGAACUCGUAAAAUAUGUUAAAAGAAGAUAUCCAAAGCUUGAGAUUAGCGUUGAAGAAUCAUUGGAGCAACUGAGAACUUACCGACAGAAGUUGUCGGGGAUGGUGUGUGAUUCGGUCAUACUAAUUAAUAAGCUUGUGGAAAAUAAGCAGGCAAAUAUUUUGGUAGAGGGUGCCCAAUCCUGCAUGCUGGACAUUGAUUUCGGGACAUAUCCUCAUGUCACUUCUUCGAAUUGCAGUGUCGGGGGUGUAUGUACUGGCCUUGGGCUUUCUCCUUCUCGUGUUGGUCGUGUAUAUGGUGUUAUCAAAGCUUAUACAACACGUGUAGGCUCUGGUCCUUUUCCUUCUGAGUUAUUAGAUGGGAUCGGUGAGUUCAUUCAAAAGAAAGGGUGUGAAUGGGGUGUAACCACUAAACGUAAGCGACGGAUCGGUUGGUUAGAUACAGUGGUUAUACGAUAUGCACAUAUUAUCAAUGACUUUAACGCCCUGGCUUUGACGAAGAUUGACGUGUUGGAUGACCUGGAAGAGGUGAAAAUAGCUAAAGCGUACAUUGAUCCAGAAACUGGACGUGAACUUGACAGCUUUCCAUCUGACUCUUCUGUCCUUAAUCGUGUAGUUGUUGUUUAUGAAACUCUUCCUGGAUGGAAAACGUCUACUCAUGGUUGUCGCGUUUAUGAGGAACUACCAACUGCUGCCAAAGUUUUUGUAGAAACAGUUGAGAAGUUGCUUAAUAUACCUAUACGUUGGAUUGGAACAGGCGCUUCUCGGGACUCCAUUAUAAUUAGAUCUGUUUAAUACCAGAAUUUUAAAACUGUAAAAUAGUUAACUUUCGUAGAUUCAACUUCAUUAAAUAAAUUAGGCCUAGAAUCUUUAUGUGUCCCCAUUUCUAUAACAUAAACCCACUUUUUCCAUAAAGAUGAUCUUACUUUUGUCUGUUAUACUUGACUGUAUUACAUUCACCACGUCAACCUAGUUUGAUCACGUUGUCUGAUCUAAUUUUAAUUUUCAGAUUUCCUUUAUCAUAAAGAUUAUUAUCGUUUAUUUAAUUAUCCUCUAAAUUUUUGAUACUUCCCAGUUUUUUUAAAUUUUGUUUUGAUUUGUGAAAUCUCAUUGUGGCUCUAAAAGUAUUCCUUUGAGAUUGUUAUUAGAUGCAAUAAUUAAUGUUUAAUUAGUUAAAUUAAUGACUUUUUUGUUGGGGCUGUAAAUUGUCGCUCCAUGUAAUUGAAUUCUAACUGUUUUAAAUAAUCAGAUGCUGUUCUACUUACAGUAGUUUGAGAAACUAUGUAAUGUUCGUAACCUCAUAAUGUACGUGUAACUCAUUUUCCAACAUGUUAGACUUGAUAAUAUUUGGUUUGCUCAUAAUGUAUGUUGGUUAGUUUUACCACUAGUUUUGUUCCAACAUUACGUAUCUGUUGGAGGUUACCACAAAAUUUUAAGAAUGUUUAAUUAUGGCAGUAGCUGAUUUGUGACUGUUGUUUAGACUUCAUAAUAAUUAGUUUUAAGAUCAUACAGGCCUCCUUUUAGGAACAAGCACGCUCCCGCAUGACCAUCGAAUACAAUUAGUUAGGAUUUUGUAUUCAUGUGCUCAUCAUAGUAACAUUUUC